AUGCCUAUUGCUGAUAUAGAACUUCGUGAAGUCCUUCAUCCUUCUGCUAUGGACAGAAUACGGAAGUUAUUCGAGCCCUCGCCUGCCUACGCUCCAGUCGAUACUGAACAAGAUAACGAUGAGGAAGACGACGAUUCAUCUCGGACACUGGACGCAGCUGGUGAGCUGCCGUUCUCAUGGCUAGAAUAUUGCGUGUUCCUCCUCCUAGGAGUAGCAAUGUUAUGGGCUUGGAACAUGUUUCUUGCGGCUGCGCCCUACUUCCAGAGUAGAUUCAGGAGCAAUAAAUGGAUCUACAACCACUUUCAGGCAGCCGAGAUCAGUGUUUCGACCAUUACAAACUUAUUAUCUAUGAUCGUCCUGUCCAAAAUGCAGAAGAAUGCUUCAUAUCCAAAAAGAAUCGCAGCCUCUCUCGUUAUCAAUGCAAUAUGCUUCUCCAUUCUUGCAAUCUCUACACUAAUAAGGUCCUCUGCUGGCGCAUACUUUGGCUUCCUGCUUGUUGCUAUCUUUACAGCUAGUCUAAGCACAGGCUUGAUACAGAACGGCCUAUUCGCCUUCGCCUCUGGUUUUGGAAGAGGAGAAUAUACACAAGCAAUCAUGACUGGUCAGGGUGUCGCAGGAGUCUUACCGCCCUUGACUCAGAUCUUUUCAGUUCUGGCAGCUAGCAAGCCUGCUGACGACGCCGAGGCCGAGGAUGAGUCCAACAAGUCAGCCUGCAUUUAUUUCAUUGUUGCUGUCGUUGUUUCGGUGCUUGCUCUCCUGGCAUUCCUUUAUCUGCUGAGGCGAAACAACCAAGCCGAAGCUCUACGAUCAACCAAACGGACAACCGUUGACGGCUCAGCAGAAGGCGAUAUGCUUACUUCUUCUCACCAUGACGAUACACUGUCGGGCCGUACACCUGUUGGCCUUUGGACGCUCUUCAGAAAGCUUCCCUUCCUAUCCGCAGGCGUCUUUGUCUGUUUCACUGUCACGAUGAUAGAUUUCCCAGUCUUCACAGCAGAGAUCCUGUCAACCUCUGGCGUUGAUGAUGCAAUCUUCAUACCCCUUGCUUUUUUGAUCUGGAAUCUCGGCGACCUGCUCGGUCGAUUACUCACAAUCUGGCCGACAGUCUCCCUAACACAUUGGCCGUUCUCGCUGUUCUGCAUAGCCAUGGCACGCUUCGUCUUCGUGCCACUAUACUUUCUGUGUAAUGUUCGGGGUCGUGGGGCGGUGGUACCGAGUGACCUCUUCUAUCUUAUCAUCGUGCAGCUACUGUUCGGACUUACUAAUGGUUAUGUUGGAAGUGAAUGCAUGAUGGGCGCUGGAGAGUGGGUCGAGGCUGAAGAGAGAGAAGCUGCUGGUGGCUUCAUGGGUCUUGUGCUCGUUGGUGGACUUACAGCAGGCAGUCUGCUCAGUUUUGCCUUGGGCGAUGUCUGA